CAACCUCCUCCCAGCCAUCAUCACUGCCACACUCAACGGCCAGAGGAGAGAGAGUGAGAAAAAGAACAGAGGAGAGAGAGAGAAAAAGAGACGACUCUGUCUCUAUCUAUCUCUAUUUUUCUUUGUUUCUCUCCUUUUCUGGUUUAUAAUCUGUCCGUGAGUGUCCAGUCAAGAGACAGCAGUCACCCCCAAAUUAUGCUCGCAAAAUCGGGAAAUUUAAGCUCCCCCUUCAUGUUCAUGUGAUCAAUCUCUACCAGUUAGAGCUAUAUCCAAAUCUCUACCCUUCAGGAAAAAAGAAAAACAGAAGGAACUAAAAAGGAUAAAUGGCGACGAGAGGUAGCAGAUCAGAGAAAGUGAAGAGAAUUUUCCAGCAAUUCGAUGCCAACCGUGACGGGGGGCUUAACAGAGGGGAAAUGGAGGCUCUCGUCGUGGCCGUCAACCCGAGGGUUAAAUUCAGCGACGAGCAAAUCAGCGCCAUUCUCGACGAGGUUUUCCGGACAUACGACGAGUUCAUCGACGGCGACAAGGGUUUGACCUACGAGGGGCUUUUGCGAACAUACGACGAUGGUGCCGGCGACGUCGACCGUGACUUCGACUCCCUCGAGCUCGAGCUCAAUUUGGAAGAUAAUAUAAUGGGUAUUUCCGAAGCGUCGUCGUCUUCAAUAGCGGAGGAGCGCGCAAUCGAGUCCCAGAAGAAACAGAGGACAGCGGCUUGGGCUGUCUCGCCCAACCACGGCAUCGUCUUCGAUGACACAUGGAAAAUAGUCGAUGAUUUGGAGAUUGUUAUCAAGAGGUUGAAGGCGAAGCAAGCGAAAGAUGGUAAAUCGAAGGGCGAUAAUUCCGACGCGUACUCGGACGCAGGGUGGUCGAGGGAACUGGGACCGUCGACGGAGAUUUCGGACAAAAGGGUAAUCUGGGACGAGUCUGUGCCUGACUACGCGGUGUUCGUAAAGGAAUUGGGGGUUCUGAGAAGCCGAGCCGACGGGGCGAGGUCGAGAGAGGAGGCCUUUGAUGGGCAUAUGGCGAUUGGUCGAGUUAUGUAUGAGCAUCAGUUGUUUAAGGAGGCUUUGGUGAGUUUCAAGAGGGCCUGUGAAUUGCAACCCGUGGAUGUGAGGCCGCAUUUCAGAACUGGGAACUGCUAUUACGUACUUGGCAAAUAUAAAGAGGCCAAGGAGGAGUUCUUGUUGGCCAUGGAGGCGGCCGAGGCGGGGGGGAAUCAGUGGGGUUAUUUGCUACCACAGAUUUAUGUUAAUCUCGGGAUUGCUCUGGAAGGUGAAGGUAUGGUUCUAAGUGCUUGUGAGUAUUAUCGGGAAGCUGCAAUUCUUUGUCCUACGCAUUUCAGAGCUUUGAAACUUUUGGGUAGCGCUUUGUUUGGAGUCGGGGAAUAUAGGGCGGCCGUAAAGGCCUUAGAAGAGGCUAUAUUUAUGAAACCGGAUUAUGCUGAUGCCCAUUGCGAUUUGGGGUCGGCUUUGCAUGCUAUUUAUGAGGAUGAGAGGGCAAUCGAGGUGUUUCAGAAGGCUAUUGAUUUGAAACCCGGUCAUGUGGAUGCUUUGUACAAUUUGGGUGGGCUUUAUAUGGACUUGGGCAGGUUUCCGAGAGCUUCGGAGAUGUAUACUAGGGUUUUAGCUGUGUGGCCAAAUCAUUGGCGGGCACAGCUCAACAAGGCCGUGUCCUUGUUGGGGGCUGGGGAAACUGAAGAUGCUAAGAAAGCUUUGAAGGAAGCUUUGAAAAUGACAAAGAGGGUUGAAUUGCAUGAUGCGAUAUCCCAUUUGAAGCAGAUGCAGAAAAUAAAGGUGAAGUCUAAAGAGGGUACCAAUGUGGAGGGGACAUUUAUAACUGUGGAACCCGUAAAAUUUAAGACCGCGGGGGAGAAGACUACGUUGAGAUCGGACUUGGCCAAUGCUCUUCAAAUUAGGGCUUUCCAGAGGAUUACCAGGUUGGGUCGCUGUGAUGUAGAACUUCUGAAAAAGGAAAUGAUUGAUGGUGAUGUGCCGGUGUCCUAUUCUGGUAGUGGCGUUCCUGAGAAUUCCAUACGCAAGCCUAACUUGGAAGUAAUUCUUCGUCGUUUGCUCAGUUUCCUAAAGCCUGAGACCUUCCAAGGAGCUGUUAAAGCCAUAAACGAGAGAAUACUCUCUGUUCUGGAUGAAGGAGGCUUAGGCAGGGUGGAUUUGGGUGUGUUUUUUGCUGUCCUUGCCCCCAUUUGCAGUGGCCCUCCAGAGAAACGUAAGCGUGUGGCUUUUGACGCCCUUUUGUGGCGUCCCGUGAAUGAAGGCAUUUCGCUGAUUAAAAAGGUUGAUGCUGUCAGAUACAUCAAAUUCUUGAGGGCUAUUUAUGUUCCUUCUCAUGGGAUUAGUGAGAUGCUGGAAGUCCAUGGAGAAACAGAUGCUUCAAUGGUGCCUUACUCUGAGUUUCUUGUUAUGUUUGAUGAUUCUGAUUGGGGGUUUGGUAUCAUGUCCACUCUUUUGAAGCUUGAAACUGGGGAUAGGAACCGGCAUGGUCACCAUGUUUGCUCAGUUUGCCGCUAUCCAAUUAUUGGGUCCCGAUUCAAGGAAAUGAGAUCUCAUUUUAGUCUGUGCAAUCAAUGUUACAGCGAGGGAAAGGUGCCUUCUACCUACAAGCAGGAAGAGUACAGAUUCAAAGAGUAUGGAAGUGAGGCCGAAGCGAUGAAAGAUAAGUGCAUGUGCUUUAAUAUGCCAUCUCAUAAUGAUCCUUAGCCAGAAGACUUGGUCAUUUUCCUGUAUUGAUCCAUCAUGUUGUUCAGGUUGCCAUGUGUGAGGUGUAUAGUUCGUCAAUGUUUUCAGCAAGCAUCUUGCCUUUGCAUAAUAAAAUGUUUCAAGCGGUUGCUCUCA